ACCCCUAGUCAUGAAGAACACAUGUUAAAAUCAGUUUUAUGCAGUAGUUUACUGUUCACUUUGAUCUAAGCUCUCUCACGGGUCAUGUGGAAGUAAUAAUGUUGUUUUUAAUUUUCUUGAUCCCGGCCUUAUCCAAAGCAGAUGGUUUAGUUCUAUCAGCAAGCAAUGAAUCCUUUGUAAACUUAGCAAAAACAUUUUUCUCUCAACCAGAUCUGCUUGUGUCUGCUCUUGGUGCAAAAAGAUCAAAAAGGGGCACAUAUGAUAAAGAGUAUGUUUUCGACAGCCUUGGUGUUCAUAUUGGUAUAAAGUAUAAGAAUCCUGAUGAUCCGAGUCAUGGAGGAACAGCUCAUUUGGAAAUACAAGAUCUUUCAAAGCUGAUUUCAGCUACAGAUAUAGGCUUGGUGAAACUUGAAGUUAAAAAAGAUAAAUCAGCCGAUUAUCAUGAGAAUUAUCAAUUCCGAAUUGAAUAUGAGUUAAAAUCAAACCAUAAGCCUUGGUCAGGAGAAAUAGACCUGAAUAUUUGGAAGCGUAAAACAGUUCAAGAUUAUGAUCUUUCAUUCAAAAGCCAAGAUGGAAGCCUAAUACAUCAAUUUGAAAUCCAAAUUAACUCAACUGGAAAAGACCAACUUGAAGGAAGAUUUAAAUAUCCUAAUUCUGAUUCAGAAGAAUAUCCAAUACAAAUUAAGAAUGAUGAAAAUAAAAUUAGUUUGUGGAUUAAAACACCAAAAAGAACAACCUUAUUGGACAUUGAAAUAAAUCGAAAACAUUUUGGCUUACAAAUAAGAAUUGAUUUCUCCAAAAUAGGAUAUAUGUUUGUAGCAAACCUAAACAUAGAAGACACCCAAGAAGAAGUGAAAUCUUAUGGUUUUUUCCAGGGCAAUAGAAACCAAGUCAAUUUUAAGAUAGAGGUCAAUAAGGCUUUACAAAGCAUUUAUCUUAAGAUAGUAGAGGGAAAACAACCAAGAAGGAAGGUGAACAUCUACAAAUUUAAAUUCAGAGAAACUCCACUGCUAAUACUAAAGAAGCAUGAGACACAUGGUUAUGACUUGCUUUUAGAUUUUGGCAAAGAUCUACCCAUAGCUCCCACUGUAAGAUUGGCAUUUAGUCGUCAAAAUUUUACACCAUCAAGAGUAAGAAACCAAAUUGAGCUUUCGGUAAGUUUUACAGAAUUUCCAGAUAGUAAUUCACCCUCAUCAAAUAGAUUUACAGCAACCUUACAGAGCCAUGAAAUAGAGCAAUUUAGAUUAUCUGGGUCUCAUGAUUUAUUUGCUGAAUGGGAUGGAUCAAGGAUAUUCGAAUUUCAUUCUCAUGUGAUGGUUUCUGACAAUGAGUUUUGUAGAAAUGAUCAUUUUGGCCUUUGUGAAAUUGAAUGCAAUUUAUCAGCUAGCAUACAAUCAAUUGUCUGGGAAAUUAUCCAUUCCCUUGUAGGUAAAUUUACUUCAAUUGAUCACUUCUCCUUUAAAAACAGAUUGCAAUUUUUGAAUGGGAAAAUUAUUUAUGGAAUCUCAGAUCUGAGGACAAGCUUAGCUAAAUAUGAAAAUCGUCUGAUUCAGAUAGAAUGUGAGAACAUGCUUGAUAUGGUAAGAAUAAAAACUUCUUCUAUUUGGGGAAGAAAACAAUCACUUUCAUUUGAUGUCUGUGUCCCAAAAAGUCUAAAUAAAUUGGACAAGUUUGAGUUAGCUUAUGAUGAUGAGAACAUGGUAAUAUCAAUUGAUGGGAAGACAAAACCCAUUCUCAGCAAUGAACUAGCCAGAUAUGAAUUCCGAUUCUUAUACAAUGAUUACUUAAUGACAUCUGGAGAACUUACUAUCAACAAAGGCACAUUAGAACUUCUUUUUAAAGAAGAGCAUGAUAAAUCCCACCAUGAUUACAACAUUCUUAUUUCCAGCAAUAGAAUGAGUGAUAAUUCAGUGAAUAUUGAAAUAGAGGGUAAAACAAAACCAUCUCUGAAGGGGGAAUCAGCCUGUCCUUUCUUAAGCUGGAACACAACCUAUGUAUUUAAUCAAAAUGCUAAGGACACAGUGUUUACUUUGGUUUCAAAACAGCUGAUGGAUAUAAGGGUUCUUGAGGAAAAAUGUUAUGAAACACCAAUUUUUAACAAAUCUUCAUUUAUGUUUAGUUUGUCAAGCCAGAAAAUACAGAAUUAUCAAAUUCAUCUUGAUUCAGAAUUAACUUCUAAACUGAUUCCUUCUGUUGAAUUAAACCUAAACACCUUGUCAUAUCCAUGGUACUUCAAGCUUAACCAUCUAUACCUGCAGUCUCCUGACCAGAAUUAUAUCAAACUAAUAACAGAUCUUGUUUCCAUUAUUCCUCAGUGUCAACAACCCUUGUGCCAACUUGAUGAAAAACUGCAUCAUAUUUUGAAGUCAGAUCAAUUUAACAAAUGUUUGAUUAUUCUAGGAUUUCCUCCAUUUUAUAUGCGAAUCUAUCAGGAGCUUUUUUAAUAUGUUCAUAUUUCUUGUAUUCAAAUAUAGAUUAUUAAAUAAAUUGUUCAAUGAUUAGA